AUGUUAGCUUCUCUUCUUUUUUUGUGUUUGUUUGUUUGUUCUUCUAUUUUUUUCGCCUUCCUAGGGCAGCUGGUUUCAUGUUUGUUUGUUGUUAUGGCGAAACGGUACCUUGAUGAAGAGCUGCCCGUCUUCCGUGUUGAGUUUCUCCAUGGCGAGCCUCUGGACACUGCAGCUGAUGGUAUCUUCAAGCAGCAGCAGCAGAAGAAGAGUAAGAGAGAGAGAUGGAGCAAAGAGGAGCAGACGGUUAUAUGUUAUGUUACGGGGGGGAGGGCCCUCUCUGUGGCGAAGGGCAACAAGGUGGUUCUCAGCAGCUCAAAGGGGACUCGCAGAAAAAAAAAGAUGGCGGACCAGCUGGUGGUUUUCAUGUGCAGGUUUUGUGGAUGGUCACCAGGUCCCCCUGAGCGAGCAGAGGAUGACAGCCAGGCACCUAGUGAUGGUGAUAGCAGUAGCCAGGAGGAGCAGACUCCCUGGAGAUGGCUGAUAGCUGAUGGCUGA